CCCCGCCCACACGCGCGGCCCGCUGCGCCCGGGACCCAGGCAGCACGCUGGCUGCGCCAUGCCCCCUCUGGAGGCGAUCCGCUACUCGCGGGGCUCGCUGCAGGUCCUCGACCAGCUGCUGCUGCCCCAGCAAUGCCGCUACGAGGAGGUGGACUCGGUGCGCCAGGCCUGGGAGGCGAUCCGCGCCAUGAAGGUGCGCGGCGCGCCUGCAAUCGCGCUCGUGGGGUGCCUCAGCCUGGCGGUGGAGCUGCAGGCCGGAGCUGGGGGGCCGGGACUCGCCGCGCUCGUUGCCUUCGUGCGCGACACGCUGAGCUUCCUGGUCACCGCCCGGCCCACCGCUGUCAACAUGGCCCGCGCUGCCCGCGACCUGGCCGACGCCGCAGCCCAAGAGGCCGAGCGGGAGGGCGCCACGGAGGAGGCCGUCCGGGAGAGAGUGAUCUGCUUCGCUGAAGACAUGUUGGAGAAAGACCUCAAGGAUAAUCGGAGCAUUGGAGACCUGGGAGCCCACCACCUCCUGGAGCGGGCAGCCCCCACGGGCAGCAAGGUGACCGUGCUGACCCACUGCAAUACUGGUGCACUGGCCACUGCUGGCUACGGCACAGCCCUGGGUGUGAUCCGCUCGCUGCACAACCUUGGCCGCCUGAAGCAUGUCUUCUGCACGGAGACCCGGCCCUACAACCAGGGGGCCCGGCUGACAGCCUUCGAGCUGGUCUACGAGCAGAUUCCCGCCACCCUCAUCACCGACAGCAUGGCAGCAGCUGCCAUGGCUCACCGGGACGUGUCAGCUGUUGUUGUGGGAGCUGACCGUGUGGUUGCCAAUGGUGACACAGCCAACAAGGUGGGCACCUACCAGCUGGCCAUCGCCGCCAAGUACCAUGGCAUCCCCUUCUACGUAGCUGCCCCCAGCUCCUCAUGUGACCUCCGUCUGGAGACGGGCCAGCAGAUCGUCAUUGAGGAGCGCCCCGGCCAGGAGCUGACCGAUGUCAACGGGGUCAGGAUUGCAGCACCCGGAAUUGGGGUUUGGAAUCCUGCCUUCGAUGUCACCCCCCAUGACCUCAUCACUGGCGGCAUCAUCACAGAGCUGGGUGUCUUUACCCCCAAAGAACUCCAGGCAGCCCUAAGCACCACCAUCUUGAGGGUGGGGACAUUAGAUGGACCCCAGAAGUAACCAACCUGGCUCUCCAUACCCUUCUCCAUCCCCCUAGGUUUUAUAAUAAAAUGUAUUGAAUAGUCUGCCCCAAAGCUGACCUUCCCCCAAUUACACUUCUUCCUAGAGCAGGGAUAGCAGACAGAGUCGUUGCAUGGCUCUUAAAAGUGCAGCAGCUGGAGAUAGGCUACCCAAGUCCUAUCCCAGUUCUGCCACUCUCUGCUGUGUGAUCUUGGCCAAGCCACCUCACCUCUCCCUGCUGUGGUUUCCUCAUUUAUAACAUGGGGACAAUACCUACGGCCUUCUUAGGUUGCUCUCAGGACUGGAACUAGGGUAACACCUUAGGCACAAAAUUUUAAACGGGACACCAAAAAGCUUAGUAACCAAGAUAAUACUUUCAUGCAGUAUUUUUAAAAAUCAAAAUGAAUGCAAGAAAAAUACAUGAGCCCUAACUGGUUUGGCUCAGUGGAUAGAGUGUCGGCCUGCGGACUGAAGGGUCCCAGGUUCGAUUCCGGUCAAGGGCAUGUA